AUGUCAAGUGAAAGUUACUAUGGAACAAUUGCUCUGGCAGCAGGAUGGGGUAAAACACUUAAUGGUGAAACUCCUAGAUUAAUGGAAACUGUUGAAUUGACAAUAUUAUCAAAAACAGAAUGCGAAAAUAAAAUUGAGGAACAAUAUGGAUCUAGAGUUAUUAUUGAUGAAAGAUACUUAUGUAGUUUUGCAGAUCCACAUGCUAUACUUAGUAGCUAUAAAGAUGAUAGAAAUAAUCAAGUAGAGCUUGAUCACGUUUGUACGGGAAUACUUAUUUCAAGGCAGGAUGUAUUAACAGCUGAACAUUGUUUUGCAAAUUUAGAAUUAAAUGUAACUGAAAUAAUCGUUGGAUCCAGUGACUUGAAUGAAGGUAUCAAAUAUUAUCCAUUAUGGUGGAUAACGUAUAAUGAGUGGAUUCUCCAAAAGAAUAUGCAUAGACAGUUCAAGGAAAACGACAUAGCUGUCAUACGAUUAAAUACAAAAGUCUUGGAAACAAUACGGUUAGCAAUUCUAUCUACUCUGUCGACGUACGAUUUGUAUGGAUUAAAAGUUGAGACUGCAGGAUGGGGCAAGUCGAAUAAUGAUAGAUCUCCAAGGAUUAUGGAAACUGUAGCAUUGAGAGUCUUAAGGAUCCCAGAAUGCGAACAUAAAAUCGAGAAACUUCGUGGACAAAGAAUUCAUAUUCCUACAAGAGUUCUUUGUACUGUUGGAGAACCGUAUGCGUUGUUAAAUCACGGUGACAGUGGAGGUCCUCUCCUAUACAACGAUACUGUUAUAGGUAUUAAUAUGUCAACGUGUCCGAAAUUAAGACAACAAAUUCAUCGGGGACAAGUUAAUCUUCAUGUAUAUAUUAAUUACUAUAGAGACUAUAUUAUUGAUGUCCAGAAUAAUUUUUAAAUGGAGUAAUGCAUUGUAAUAAGAUCUAAAUAUGCCAUUAAAAAUGAAAUAAGAA